AUACCCUUUUCUCCAUAGAGCUUAUCCCUUGUUCUUUCGCCAGUGCCCUUCGUCCAUUUGCCCCAAACAUGCACCGCGAAGCAUAAGUUCUCAACUUCCAAGCCACGAACUAGGACACUCAAAAUUUUCAAAUUGGGGGCAAAAGCAAGAGCUUGCACAAAUACUUGCUAGUUUGUUAUAGCAACGACUUUCUCGCAUCAGAAUUGAGGUAUUUUCUAUUUACCUGAUUCGCCCCUACUUCUUCUUCUAGGUUUUUAACUUAGCUUUUGGAUUGUGUUUUCAUUCUUCUAAAUUUCUAAUCCGUGGUAGAUUUCAUAGUUCUGUUUCAAAAUGAAGGGUUCUUCUAUUUCGUUUCGGUCAUUUUUUAUUUUUUAUCUUUAUUUUUGUUGUGACUGUCGAAGAACUGCAAUUGCGAUCUGUUCAACGGCAACGAUGCGGUGGUGCGUCCGCAAAAUGCCGCAAUGGUAUUGUUGCGGCUCCGCAAUUGAAAACCCUAAAAAUAAUCAUCAUUACUUCUUAAACCAUAUGAAGUUUGUUGUGUUCCGUUAACCUGCUGAAGACAUAUAUGUAGGAAAAUUUUGCCAAAUUGUUUGAGUACAUUUGAUAAACUGUUAAUAUUUUUGGUGUUUUGAUAUGUAAAACAUAAUUAUUUAGAUAAAUGGUUAAGGAAGGUAUGAAGAGGGAGGUGGUAGGUACUCUUAGAUGGAAAAUUAUGAGAAAGAAAUGGCGUUAUUAAAUAUCAGGUUAAUUUUUAUUUCAAAUUGUGAGCAUAUAAAUUGGUCUUUCGAGGGAUUUAGCAGCAAUUACUGUUUUUGUUUUUCUCAUGCUAUUAUUAACGUUCUAACCAUUAAAUUGAGUUGUUCUUGAAGCGCUGUUGACCAGGCUGCUUGAAUAUGGGUGAUAUGGAGCAAGGUAGGGAAAAUAAAACACAGUCUAUGAUAGAGCAACUUGCUCAGGCAUUUGUUGGAUUGGAAGCUCGGAAGGGGGCUUAUGAGAAUGAGGUUCAGUGGGUUGAAAUUAAGCAACAUUUUGAAGACCUUGAGACGACAUUGAAUAAGAAACUAGAAGAGCUGGAAGCUAAGGAGAGGGAGUAUAAAGAGAAACAAUUAGAAAUGGAAACACUACUUGCAGAGAGAAAGGCAGCAGUUACUUCAAAAGAGCAAGACCUGUUAGAUCGGCUGCAGGAGCUUAAAGAUGCUGCUGUAGCUUCCAUUGCAGAGGCUCAUGCAAAUUACCAGGCUGCAACUUUGGAGUCUGUGUAUGAUGGGGAGAACAAAGAUAACAAGGUAAACAGCUCUCUUGGCGAUUCGAAUUCCUCAGACGAGGAUUUUCCUCAUAAAUCAGGUGAAAAGUCUGAAGGUGUGGCUGUUGAGGUUAGGCCACAUCCAGAGCUGACACAUUUUUGUGAGCAAAUGGAUGCAAAAGGUCUUCUGAAUAUUAUUGUGGAGAGUAAAAAAAAUCUGUCCAUUCUUCGUGAAGAAAUUUCUAUUGCAUUAGAAAGUGCAACUGUUCCGGCACGAUUAGUGCUGGAUUCACUGGAGGGGUUUUACCCCACCGAUGAAACUACCCAACUAAAUGAUAAAAUGGGUGCUGCCCUUAAGGGCAUGCGAAAAUCCUGUAUUAUAAUUAUGGAAGCCAUGGCCACCUUAUUGGCAAGGGUUGAUCCAGGUGCAGAUCACCUUCUGAACCCUGAAACCAAGCAGCAAGCCAAAGCAAUUGCUGAUGAGUGGAAGCCCAAGUUAGCUAGAGCAGACAUCGAUGCUGCCAAUGGAAAUACAUUGGAAGCAGAGGCAUUCUUGCAGCUUCUUUCGACUUUUAGGAUUGCUUCAGAGUUUGAUGAAGAAGAACUCUGCAAGCUUGUACUUGCAGUUGCUCAGCAUAGGCGGGCACCUGAGCUCUGCCGCUCUAUUGGGUUAAUUCACAAAGUGCCAGCUAUUGUGGAUUUAUUAAUCAAUAAUGGGAAACAAAUUGCGGCUGUACAUUUUAUUCAUGCCUUCCAGCUACAAGAAAGCUUUGCCCCUGUGCCCCUUCUGAAGGUAUACCUCAAGAACCGAAGGAGAAAUUCACAAGUAAAGACUGGAAGUGUGCGUGAUGUUGCUACUGCAAAGAAUGAUGCCAAUGCACAAGAGCUUGCAGCACUGAAAACUGUAAUUAAGUGCAUUGAAGAAUACAAGCUCGAAUCUGAAUACCCACUUGAUACACUGCAGAAAAGGGUUAGUCAACUAGAGAAAUCGAGGUCAGAUAAAAAGAGAAGUGGAGAUUUUUACAAACGUCAGCAAUCAAAGAGGCGAAGGCCUAAUGAGAGAUAUUUUUCACUCCAUUCAUCUGGUGGUGCCGCUGCUUCAACUGGAGUUAUGGGUAGGCAGGCUCCCCCAGUUAGGGCUGCAUAUGCAGGAGCUUCUGAUAGAUAUCCCCAUACUGCUGGUGCAAUUACAUAUGAUUAUCAAGUUCCUGGCCAAGCUAUAUACACCCAGCCAGCUAAUGCCCCUCCUUCUAACUAUGCUCGUUAUGUAGGUAGUAGUUUGCAAUCCUCACAUCAGCCAUAUAUGUGAUUUUUACAUCCGAUAUUUAUUGGAAGGACUACAGACAUGCAAGCGAUUAACCCAUUAGUGAUUCUACCUCCGCAUUUGAAAAUUUGCCUUUUUGUUUUGGUUUUCUUUAUGAUCUUGUUAUGAUGCCAAUGGGCGGGUGUACUCUUAUAUUUCUAUCUA